AGUGGUAAAGCUGCAUCGAUCUUUCUCUCUGCACAAUAAAAGGUCAAACUGCCUGCGUGUCAACACAGACUUCAGGGUGAAACUUUUUCAAGAGCUUUUUCUAAAAGCUUUAAAGACUCACGCAGCCCAGCCAGGAGACGCCAAAUUGUCGUGGAAAUUAGACAACACUUGCAGACUCGUCCUCUGAAGAAUCUCAGCUACACAACACGAAGACCACCCCUGUUAGUGACAUGUCUGAGGGAGUAGUUGGGAGAGGAGUUUUUGGCUCCAUGGUCCUUCCAAGCCGACCCGAAGUGGCAGCAUGUCCUGAGCAGGAUGAGUCCAUAAACAAAGCCUCAUGGGAGCCACCAGCUGGAAUAUAUGGCCAUUCUGUCUCUGGAAGUCAUGUUGAUUGUGACGACAGCCCAGAACCUGAUGAGGCAACGAAGAGGGUGAAGCUGUCCAAGAUUGCAAUGGAUAAGAUGCGCCAACAUUGGCUAGAACAGCAAGAAGCCCAGCCUACACCACGAAUGAGGCAGAGCCUUAGACAUGUAACAUCUGAAGUGACCUCAGAUGAAGCAGCAUCACUGCAAGAUGAAAUCAUACCCGUUACCCUAAAGAAGGAUUCCAACGAGCAGGUGGAGUUGCGGCCAUUCUCCAGACCGGAGCUUGCCCUCACUCAGAGCUUCAGACUGCUUAACUCGGAUGACUGGGAGAAAAAAAUCGAGGGGCUCAUGUUCCUGCGCUGUUUGGCACGGUAUCACUCUGACGUGCUUAAUAGUAGGCUUCAUGAAGUCUGCCUUGCUGUCAUUCAAGAGAAGAGGGCGAAGCUGUCCAAGAUUGCAAUGGAUAAGAUGCGCCAACAUUGGUUAGAACAGCGAGAAGCCCAGCCUACACCGCGAAUGAGGCAGAGCCUUAGACAUGUAACAUCUGAAGUGACCUCAGAUGAAGCAGCAUCACUGCAAGAUGAAAUCAUACCCGUUACCCUAAAGAAGGAUUCCAACGAGCAGGUGGAGUUGCGGCCAUUCUCCAGACCGGAGCUUGCCCUUACUCAGAGCUUCAGACUGCUUAACUCGGAUGACUGGGAGAAAAAAAUCAAGGGGCUCAUGUUCCUGCGCUGUUUGGCACGGUAUCACUCUGACGUGCUUAAUAGUAGACUUCAUGAAGUCUGCCUUGCUGUCAUUCAAGAGGUUGGUAACCAGCGCUCCGGAGUGUCCCGCAUCGCCAUGGUGACUUUAGGAGAGCUAUACUCUGGCCUGCAGAAGGGAAUGGACCAGGAGCUGGAAGCAACAGCCAAAGUUCUGUUACACAAAACAGGAAAGAUCAAUGCGUUCAUUAGGCAGCUCGCAGAUGCCGCGCUGGGCAGCAUGGUGCAGAACUGCACACCUACACGCAGCAUGAACGCCCUGCUUGCUGGAGGACUCGGUCACUUGAACGCAGCCGUAAGGAGGUGCACCGCUCAGCACUUGACUACUCUGGUCGAGAAGAUCGGCACCGGGCGCUUAUUGUCUGGUACGAAAAAUCUCACGGACCGAAUCUUACCCGCUGUCUCCAAGCUGGCGCAAGACUCUUCACCUGAAACCAGAUAUUUUGGCCGGCAAAUGCUGCUGUUCUUGUCUUCUCACCGAGACUUCGAUAAGAUGGUGGAAAAGUACAUUCCUCCAAAAGACCUGGCAACCGUCAGGGACACCGUCGUCACUCUGAAGACCAAGUUUAUAAAGAAGGAUCCCAACGAGCAGGUGGAGUUGCGGCCAUUCUCCAGACCGGAGCUUGCCCUUACUCAGAGCUUCAGACUGCUUAACUCGGAUGACUGGGAGAAAAAAAUCGAGGGGCUCAUGUUCCUGCGCUGUUUGGCACGGUAUCACUCUGACGUGCUUAAUAGUAGACUUCAUGAAGUCUGCCUUGCUCUCGUUCAAGAGGUUCGUAACCAGCGCUCUGGAGUGUCCCGCAUCGCCAUGGUGACUUUAGGAGAGCUAUACUCUGGCCUGCAGAAGGGAAUGGACCAGGAGCUGGAAGCAACAGCCAAAGUUCUGUUACACAAAACAGGAAAGAUCAAUGCGUUCAUUAGGCAGCUCGCAGAUGCCGCGCUGGGCAGCAUGGUGCAGAACUGCACACCUACACGCAGCAUGAACGCCCUGCUUGCUGGAGGACUCGGUCACUUGAACGCAGCCGUAAGGAGGUGCACCGCUCAGCACUUGACUACUCUGGUCGAGAAGAUCGGCACCGGGCGCUUAUUGUCUGGUACGAAAAAUCUCACGGACCGAAUCUUACCCGCUGUCUCCAAGCUGGCGCAAGACUCUUCACCUGAAACCAGAUAUUUUGGCCGGCAAAUGCUGCUGUUCUUGUCUUCUCACCGAGACUUUGAUAAAAUGGUGGAAAAGUACAUUCCUCCAAAAGACCUGGCAACUGUCAGGGACACCGUCGUCACUCUGAAGACCAAGUUUAUAAAGAAGGAUCCCAACGAGCAGGUGGAGUUGCGGCCAUUCUCCAGACCGGAGCUUGCCCUCACUCAGAGCUUCAGACUGCUUAACUCGGAUGACUGGGAGAAAAAAAUCGAGGGGCUCAUGUUCCUGCGCCGUUUGGCACGGUAUCACUCUGACGUGCUUAAUAGUAGACUUCAUGAAGUCUGCCUUGCUGUCAUUCAAGAGGUUCGUAACCAGCGCUCUGGAGUGUCCCGCAUCGCCAUGGUGACUUUAGGAGAGCUAUACUCUGGCCUGCAGAAGGGAAUGGACCAGGAGCUGGAAGCAACAGCCAAAGUUCUGUUACACAAAACAGGAAAGAUCAAUGCGUUCAUUAGGCAGCUCGCAGAUGCCGCGCUGGGCAGCAUGGUGCAGAACUGCACACCUACACGCAGCAUGAACGCCCUGCUUGCUGGAGGACUCGGUCACUUGAAUCCAGGCGUAAGAAGGUGCACCGCUCAGCACUUGACUAGUCUGGUCGAGAAGAUCGGCACCGGGCGCUUAUUGUCUGGUACGAAAAAUCUCACGGACCGAAUCUUACCCGCUGUCUCCAAGCUGGCGCAAGACUCUUCACCUGAAACCAGAUAUUUUGGCCGGCAAAUGCUGCUGUUCUUGUCUUCUCACCGAGACUUUGAUAAAAUGUUGGAAAAGUACAUUCCUCCAAAAGACCUGGCAACCGUCAGGGACACCGUCGUCACUCUGAAGACUAAGUUUAUAAAGAAGGAUCCCAACGAGCAGGUGGAGUUGCGGCCAUUCUCCAGACCGGAGCUUGCCCUCACUCAGAGCUUCAGACUGCUUAACUCGGAUGACUGGGAGAAAAAAAUCGAGGGGCUCAUGUUCCUGCGCUGUUUGGCACGGUAUCACUCUGACGUGCUUAAUAGUAGACUUCAUGAAGUCUGCCUUGCUCUCGUUCAAGAGGUUCGUAACCAGCGCUCCAGAGUGUCCCGCAUCGCCAUGGUGACUUUAGGAGAGCUAUACUCUGGCCUGCAGAAGGGAAUGGACCAGGAGCUGGAAGCAACAGCCAAAGUUCUGUUACACAAAACAGGAAAGAUCAAUGCGUUCAUUAGGCACCACGCAGAUGCCGCGCUGGGCAGCAUGGUGCAGAACUGCACACCUACACGCAGCAUGAACGCCCUGCUUGCUGGAGGACUCGGUCACUUGAACGCAGCCGUAAGGAAGUACACCGCUCAGCACUUGACUACUCUGGUCGAGAAGAUCGGCACCGGGCAGUUAUUGUCUGACGCAAAAGAUCUCACGGACCGAAUCUUACCCGCUGUCUCCAAGCUGGCGCAAGACUCUUCACCUGAAACCAGAUAUUUUGGCCGGCAAAUGCUGCUGCUCUUGUCUUCUCACCGAGACUUUGAUAAGAUGGUGGAAAAGUACAUUCCUCCAAAAGACCUGGCAACCGUCAGGGACACCGUCGUCACUCUGAAGACCAAGUAUUCAAGAGGGGACAUUACUGCUCAUUAUGUGCUGCCUCAAAACCCCCGGGGGGUGGUGCAAAAACAUUUUGGAUUGAUUGUCACUGAGGUGGUUUCAUGUGGCAUGCCUUUCUAUGUCAGAGAAGCAGUUCAAAAAGGCUCAAAAGGUUGACUGGAAGUGCUGCCUAUGUAAAUAAUUUUGAAUUCCUUUGGCUCCCAUCCACAAUCUAAACAUGUACAUAAAUAAAUGAAAAGAAAACAAAUAAAAAUGUUUGAAAUAUUAAAACAUUCAUGGACCAUCAGUUCUUUUAAUUAUUUCAUUAAUAGGACAUCUAUUUUUUUUUAAGAAAACCAUUCAAUCUAGCACAGGUCAUUUUGACCCCAUGUCAAAACAAAUUUCCCGCAAACAGUUUGCUGAAGACAAGCAGACUAUGGACAUGGAUUACUGGAACCAU